AUGCAGUAUCCACUUGUCCUCGUCGCUGCUUUUGCUGCCGCCUGCAUCGCCACACCAACUGCAGCUCCUGCGAGCGUGCAGAGCAAGGACGAGAUGCCAACAGGGCUCUGCCCUAAAGAUCAGCUGGUUAUAGUCGACGGUUUAGGCUACUACCUGCCGCAAGCAGAGUGUUUGGUCCUGAAAGAAAGGUGUGGACAGCGAAACACGACUAAGCCAGCUGAGCUUAAGAAAUGCAUUACCAACACGCGUAUUUCCGAGAUUAAAGAAGCCCAGAAAGCUGUGCAGGACACGAAGCGCUCAAUCUAG